AGCAAAUCUACGUCGCAACGUCCAACGUCAUCACGCUGCGCUUCCUGGUUUGGACUUCUCGCGGGAACACAAACUUGUUGUCGUUUUUUAAGUCGUUUGUCGCCACCUGAGAUACUUUGUGGGGAUAUUCACGUGGAUUAAGUGUUUAACUAGCGCAGGUGCCCCUGACCUCUGGAGAUCCUCUUCAUCAGUGUCCAUGGAGUCACAAGGAAGUGAAACACAGCCAUCGGGACAGGGCCUAUCUGAAAUCACCAGCUCCCUCCAGGAGCGCACAAUCGUAGAGAACAGCAUGGUGAUCCUGCUGCAGGGCCUGCAGGGCCAGGUGACCACGGUGGACCUGAAGAACGAGAGCACAGCACGGGGCCGCGUGGUCAACGUGGACGCCUUCAUGAACAUACGUCUGAAGGACGUGCUGUACCGGGACAGAAAAGGUCAGCUCACCCAGCUGCAGGAGCUGUUUAUCACUGGCAGGAACGUCCGCUACGUUCACAUCCCAGACCACAUCGACAUAAUGAAGACCAUCGAGAGCCAGCUGGCCAAGAUCCACAGAGUCCGAAACUUUGCCAGCCAAGGAGGAGGCAGGAAGGAGUACGCCAAGAAAACAAAAUAACUUAUUUUCUUUUUCCUAAAGGAUUCAAAGUUCAGUGGGGUACAGCUUGUGCAAGACAAGUCCAAAAUUACUCUGGGGCAACAAGCGAGACUAAGAGGAACAAAAAGAUUAAGGGCAUAUGAACAAAAGAAACCUAACUGACUUCUUCCAUUUUUUAUUUGUUGUGAUACUCUUCAGGCCUUCAUAUAAAAGAAGAAAGGUUGAAUGACUCUUUUGUUAAACUCAUGCAAACAAGGCCACAACCUUUUUUUUUUGAGCUGCGACUUAUUAUCUUUUACAUUUUCAAUUAUUCUGUAGAUUUUUGUUUUCUUGAUUAAAUUACUAUUUUUAUUAGGUAGCUUCUUCUACUGUUUUGUGUAAUAUCUGACCAACAGUUUAACACCCAAAGAUACCGAGUUUACAAUCAUAUGAAACCAAGAAAAUCAGGAAAACUUUAAAUUCAUGUAACGAGAAAUGACUGAAAGAUAGAUAGAUAGAUACUUUAUUGAUCCCGGAGGAAAUUCAAGCUAAAACAGACAGAAAUGGUUAAUGACUGUCUGAAAUAAGGUGUGUGCUUAAUUUGAGGGAACCAGGGCCAUGCAAAUUUUAGGGUUAGCCUAUAAAAAUGCGUCAUCCCUGCAGCACUGUGUUGGCCUGUUAAUUAGUCAGCGUCUUCUGUGAAACGACUUGAUGACUGUCUUUGUGUGAUGAUAAUUAGGUUAAAUUAUCUGUCCUUAAUUCUUCUGAAGAAGCAGGAACCUUUUUUUUAAAUACAGAAAGAUGUUAACAAAUAA